GAGUCACUCUAUAAAUGUCCCCGGGAGUUUCCGAAAUCCACACUCGGUGACUUCAACUGAACAAUGGUUAACAUGAGCGAUCACCAAUCUCUACAAAAACACGCACAGACCCUGAAUCCGAAACAGCCGAGGAAAAGAAAUAAUAAAAAGAAAAGGAAUCAUUGGGACAAUAUACCGCCAUCAACUCACAUUCAAACUUGAUUGUCAAGAGACUGAUUUGAGGUCUGGUGUGCUAGGUGUGGGAGCAUAGCGUGUUGUGUCUGUGGAUAGCGACUGAUUGGUGCGAUGACUGCGGAGUGGCUGUACCCCCCUGGCGUGGGGCCGCUGUGUGGUGCAGAGUUGGAGGCGUGGUAUGAAGACCUACAGGAUAUACUGGGCUCCGACGCGGGCGGGGCUAAAGUCACCAGAGCCCCGCCUUGCUCCGAGAAGGAGCCCGAGUUUCUGGAUGUGUUGGAGAGCUGCUCGCUCACCUGGUUGACGGAGGGGCAGGUUUGGGGUGACGGGGUGCAACGGGUCACCGACGAGCCACCUGUCGUCCACUCGCCGCCGCGAAAAGAUGAUUGGAGAGGAGGCGAGUCGGAGCACACCUCGUCCGGAGGAGACCUGCUUCCGCCAGAGUUCUUCGAGCUCCUCAGCGAGGGCGGCGUUGGGUCGGCGGAGACGAUGGUGAGCGGUGGGUACCACGGUUCGCAUCACGCGCCUCCGUCACCAUCCGCGAGCGAGGAAGAGCUUCCAACGGUCCCGGACACAUCGUCUUGCUCCUCAGAGUCCUCCUCAUCCUCCCUCAACUGCUCCCCUCCUCCGUCCCCUCCUGUGCGACCGGGAAAGAGAAAGCGGGCCGGCGACAAAGGAGGAGGCGCGCUGUGCUCCCCGUCCCCCGGGAAGAAGAGCCGACGGGAGCGCGAGCAGGAGAAUGAGAGGAAGGUGCAGGAGCUGACGGAUCAGAACGAGCGGCUCAAAGCCGAGAUCGAGCGUCUGGGAGAGGAGGUGCAGCGGACGCGCCGGGCGCUCAUCGAGAGACUCGUCAACACCAGGAGGUGAAGGAGGAGCAGGAGGAGCCCAGGGGCCAAAGAGAAAUGAACAAUUGGUGGAAAUCAUCUCGCGGUGACCGUGAAAUGCACAUUUAGAGGGAGAUAAAAGACACGUGGGACGGGGGGAGAGAGGAGGUUCACUGAGCGACUCCCGCCGAGAGAGAAUGAGAAAGUCAGAUUAAGCCGUAUAAAAGAAAGCAUGUGGAGCCCAACGCAAACAGAACAAACUCAGCCCAAAUACAGAGCAAAGAAGAAAUUUGUUUUUUUAAGAAAAUAAAUUAUUUGUUUUUGAGUAUCUAAGUUCAUUUAAAUCAACGUGAUUCAUUUAAAUCGGCUUGAUACAUUUAAGUGAACAUCAUUUAAAGGUAAAUGCUACAACGCAUGUUACAAUUUAACACAUGAUAUUACAAAUAAAUUUGAAGGAUGAGCAAUGUAUAAAUCUAAAUAUUUUUCAUAAAGAAAACGAAGCACAAUUUUAAUUAAGAUUCAAAAACUUUUUGUGGUAAAUUAAAAUUACUAAUGCAAUAAAUUAAAGGCAAAUACUUCAAUGUAUAAAUAUAACAAUUGAACAAAUUACAUUACAUAUACGAUUUGCAAUAAAAUAAAAAUAUCAAAGGCAAAUAAGAAAUUUAUUUUUCAUGAAGAAAAUAAAGCCUAAUUUGAGAAAAAUCUCAAGUGACUAAUGCAUUUCUUUUAAAAGCAAAUACUAUGGUGAUGUACUAAUAUUACAAUUUAACAAAUUAUAAAAAAA